AUGUCACGUGACAACCGGCUUCGUGAUGCAUGCUGGGAGGGGGACCUGAACAUGGUGAGACACAUCUUGGCUGAGGAACACUUGGACAUCAACAGCAGAGACGGGUGGGCAAGGACACCCGUGAUGGUGGCUGCGUAUGCAGGGUAUGGAGACGUGGUACACCUUCUUAUAAAUACAGGAGGCGAUGUGUCACUGGUUGCCGAUCUCGGUUACAACAUUCUUCACAUGGCCACUUGUGGGGGACAUGUGGCGAUAGUAAAGUGUAUCGUAUCACAGACAAUCGUUGACAUUAACAGUAGAGAGAAAUGCAACAGGACACCUUUGAUGAUGGCAGCACUCAGUGGUUAUAGGGAUGUGUUUGCCUUCCUUGUCAGUGCAGGAGCUGAUUUAUCAUUGCGUGAUAUUUAUGGUAACAACUUCCUUCACUGCACCUGUGUUGGGGGACAUGUGGAGAUGGUGAAAUGUGUCCUCUCACUGGACAAGAUGGACGUCAAUAGUAAAAGUAGAUAA